UUGUUUAUUUUGUGUUGUAUGUGAGAAAGUUUAUUAUUUAUUUGUGUUGAUUAUCUCAUGUUAUUGGGUGUUAGAUAGCCAGUGUGAUCUGCUAAAAUGCCUGUGUUUCAUACGAAGAUUAUCGAGAGUAUAUUGGAGCCGGUGGCCCAACAGGUUUCCCGUCUGGUGAUAUUACAUGAAGAAGCUGAAGAUGGCAACGCCAUGCCGGACCUGGCGCGGCCGGUGCAAGCCGUCUCGCUGGCAGUCAACAACCUCGUCAAGGUGGGCCACGAAACGAUCGAGUCUUCGGAUGAUGCGGUGCUGCGUCAGGACAUGCCGGGCGCACUUCUCCGCGUGGAGUCUGCCGCCGCGCUGCUGCAGCAGGCCUCCGAUAUGCUACGGGCCGACCCUUAUUCUGGACCCGCCAGGAAGAAACUGAUAGAAGGCUCCAGAGGUAUCCUUCAAGGCACGUCAGCGUUAUUGCUCUGUUUCGACGAGUCCGAAGUGAGGAAGAUAGUUAAGGAAUGCAAGAAGGUCUUGGACUACCUGGGCGUUGCGGAGGUGAUCGACACGAUGGAGGACCUGGUGCAGUUCCUCAGGGACAUCUCGCCGGCACUGUCCCGCGCCGCCAGGGAGGUGGCGGCCCGUGCAUCCGAGCUGACGCAUCCUCCGCAUGCAGAGACCCUCACGCGCUGCCUCGACAGCGUCAAGCAACUAGCGCCCGUCCUCAUCUGCUCCAUGAAGAUAUACAUACACAUACUUACCGAAGGUGGAAAGGGCAUAGACGAGGCAGCUGAAAACAGAAAUUAUCUGGCGCAGAGGAUGGCAGAUGAAAUACAUGAAAUUAUACGGGUACUGCAGCUGACGUCGUACGUGGAGGACGGUGGCGAGCGAGACAACAUCGCGGUACUGAAGGCGCUGCAGGCGCACAUACACAACAAGAUGCCCGCCGCGUACGAGUUCCUAGCAGAUCCGGACGCGCUGCGGAACAGCAGCGGGGAGCGCGCGCUGCGGUCGGUGCUGACGGGCGGGCAGCGCGCCGCCGACCACCUGGAGCGCGCGCCGGCCGACCGCGUGCGGGCCGCCGUGCGAUCUGGCGGCAUAAAUGCUGACUAUUUGUGUGAUGAGAGACAGAUGGGACACGGCAGAGAAACCAAGGCUCAGAACUUGGCGUCGGAUCUACGGAAGCAACUGAACGAAGUGGAUUCAAUUGUGAACGAGGGCGUGAAACUGGCGGAGAAGCAGGGAGGCAAGACCAUGCAGGCCAGGCUGGAGGCGGCGCACGCGUGGGUGGUGAACCCGGGGGCGGAGCCGGGCGUGCGGGCCGCCGCGCAGCGAGCCAUCACCAGCAUCGUCGCGCAGGGGCAGCGGAUCGCGGACGGUCUGCAGGGCCGUGAGAAGGCGGAGAUCCUGCAGCUGUGCGGCGACGUGCAGCGCGAGGCCGACGUCCUCGCAGACCUCUGCAGCAGCGGACGAGCAGACUCAGACCAGGCCCGCGCCACGGCCAGACGUCUGACGGAGAAGCUGCACGAGCUGAAGCGAGCCAUGGAGCGCGCGGUGGUGAACCGCGUGGUGGAGGACUUCAUCGACGUCGCCGCGCCGCUCAGGCACUUCACGGAGGCUGUGGAGGCGCCGGAAGGUACACCUGGUCGGGACGCGAACUUCCAAGAGAAGGCUGCGGCGCUGCAGGCCUUCAGUGCUCGGGCGGCGGCCGCGGGGGGCAUGGUGGCCGCACGCAGCGCCAGCAACAAGCGGCUCGCGGACCAGCUGCUGCACGUCGCCGCACAGGUAGAAAAGCUGUCGCCACAGCUGAUCUCUGCUGGAAAAAUUCGCUUCCUCUAUCCAGAGAGUAAGGUAGUCACUUCGCCACACUGCGCAACACUACACUACACACUACGAGCACGUGACCUGUGCGACCAGGCACUCGACCCACUCGACUUCGUGCGCACUGCUGGUGAACUAAUGCAGAAACAUACGUACUUGUGUGAAGACGCUAUACGUAACAACGACUCACAGAAAAUGGUGGACAACACGUCCGCUAUCGCUAGGCUCGCGAACCGCGUGCUGCUGGUGGGCGGCGCGGAGCGCGACAACACCGAGGACGCGGAGUUCGCGCGCGAGCUGGCGGCCGCGCACCAGCGGCUGCAGGCCGCCAUCCCCCCCGCGGUGCACGCCGCCAAGGGGGUCGCCCUCGGGGACACCGCGCGCGGGCCCGCCUGGCGCGCCGCCAACGCUGAGAUCAUGAAGGCCACGGGCCAGGUGGAGAGCGCGCUGAGCGGGCCGGCGCCCCCCGCGCCCCCCGCGCUGCCGGCCGCGCUGCAGGCGCUGCACGUGUCCGGGCAGCCCGCGCCGCCCCGCCCGCCGCCCCCCGCGCACCCCGCCGCGCCCGCCGCCGCGCCCCCGCGCCCGCCGCCGCCCGCCGACACCGACGACGAGGGCGAGGAUAUCUUCCGCCGCCAGCCGCACCCCAGCCAGCCCAUACUGGUGGCGGCUCACAACCUGCACAAGGCGGUGCGCGAGUGGUCGUCGAAGGACAACGAGAUCAUCGCGGCCGCCAAGCGGAUGGCCAUCCUCAUGGCACGACUUUCGGAGCUCGUGCGAUCAGACUCCAAAGGCAGCAAGCGUGAGCUGAUAGCGACGGCGAAGGCCAUCGCUGAAGCUUCCGAGGAGGUGACCAGGCUCGCCAAGAAACUGGCGCUCGAGUGCACCGACAAGAGGAUCAGAACGAACCUGUUGCAAGUGUGCGAGCGCAUCCCCACCAUCGGCACUCAGCUCAAGAUACUGUCCACCGUCAAAGCCACUAUGCUCGGCGCACAAGGCAGCGAGGAGGACCAGGAAGCUACUGAGAUGUUGGUCGGCAACGCGCAGAACCUGAUGCAAAGUGUGAAGGAAACUGUGAAGGCAGCUGAGGGCGCGUCCAUCAAGAUCCGGACGGAGCAGGAUGGAUACAGGCUGCGCUGGGUGCGCCGCUCGCCCUGGUACCAGAUAUAGGAGCCGCCAGAUGACAUCACCUAGAAUUCCAACGGCAUCUGUCACCUGAACGUCCGUACACGCAGCGGAAUAUUUACUCUACAGUCCGAACCUGUAGUUAUAUACUUUAGUUACGAUCAAUAUGCCAUCUUGACUUCUAGUCACCGAUACUGACUAACCUUUACUAAUAUUUGACGUUUAAUUAAUAUGAAAAGAGGUACCCUUAAUCCUUGCACAGAAGCUAAUAAGUUUGAAGAUCUGAAGUCUCCAAUAUCUACAGUAUAAGGACCUGGAAGUUUUCGUUCGAAUUUCAUAUUUUUGGGCUUUUAUUGUCAUUUACGACAAUUAGGGGAUGAAAACUGAUGCCUUUUCAAUAUAUAUAUUACGAUAUGGCUUAAAUAUGAAAUUGUAUAUAUAACCAAAUACAAACUACGUAUAAUAACUUAUGACUUACGCAAAUACGGCUGUAUAGAUAAGUCCCUUUGUGUAUUGCUUUAAAAAAAAGUUCCCACUCAGAUAUAUUUUUUUGUUAUAUUGAAAGUAUUAUA